AUGAAGAGGCUCACCAUCGCUCGUCGCCCCUUUACUUUUGCUGGGGCCACUCCCCUUUACCGCUCGGCGGCUCCUCUGUCGUCCCAGCAGCGCUUCCUCAAAGACAUUGCCUCCAAUUCGGCCAAUGAAGCGCCCCCGAACACGGAUGCCGCUCAGGUCCGCCUCCACAUGGCGAUCAAGGGCAAUGCCGACGAGGUCUCCGAGGAGAGGCGCAAGAGCAUCUCGGCCGUUAUGGGCACCCCCGUCGAGCACCUCAAGCGCCGUGUGCGCAUCUACAUCCCGGCCCGGUGCACAAUGCAGUCGGGCGUCCAUUCCGCCACGUUUUGGAAGAUUUCGUAUCCCGAGGAAGAGAAGAACCAUUGGGCCAACCCGCUCAUGGGCUGGACCGCGACCAAGGACCCCGUCUCCAAUCUCCACGUCAAAUUCGACACCAAGGAAGCCGCCGUCGCCUUCUGCAAGCAGCACGGACUGGACUACGAGAUCGAGGACAGCACGACCCCGUACGAGAACAUCACGCCCAACAAGGACUACGCCGACAACUUCAAGUUCAAGGUCGAGCGCAGCCUCGAGCCCGACAUCUACUGA